UCCGAAAUGCCGCUGGAGAACCUGGAGGAGGAGGGUUUGCCCAAGAACCCUGACCUGCGCAUUGCGCAGCUACGCUUUAUGCUGAGCCUGCCAGAGCACCGCGGGGACGCGGGAGACAUGGCUCCUUAUUAUUAUGUUUGCCAGUCCGUGCAAACCCUCGACUGGCAGAUGCACAUGGACCACCUCAAUAAAAUGAAGGCAAAUGAAGAGCUGAAGCGUUUGGAUGAGGAGCUGGAGGAUGCAGAGAAGAAUCUGGGGGAGAGUGAGAUUCGGGAUGCAAUGAUGGCAAGAGCUGAGUACCUAUGUCAGAUAGGCGACAAGAGAUAA